AUGGGCAGUGUGUACACGCGCGUCCGCAGUAUUUCGUCGCUACGACCAGGUGAUCAUAUUUGCAUCUGGGACCACAGUCGUUGGCCGUUUUCGUACCAGCAUCACGGCAUUGUGUGGGCAUCCAGUGACCAGCUGGCGGAUGUACGUGUGUGUCAUGUGUGGAGCCCGUUACAAAGCUAUAAAGAAGCUCAGGCCGACUCGUGUUUUCGUAUAUCGCCGCUGGAAGAGUUCCUGUACAAUCGCAAUGUAAAGGACCUUCGUCUCGUGGAAUACCACACAUCGGCAUUUCGAGACUUUUUAUCCAAGUGGGGCGAGGUGCAUCGAGGCAAGUCGGAUCUGCCCGAAGUUGUGCUCGCACGAUGCAAAUUCUUACUGGGAUUGGGCAAAGGCGACUUCAAUAUCUUUACCCAAAACUGUGAACAUGCUGCGCAUUGGUGUAAGACUGGACAUCAGUGGUCCAAGCAAAUACUUACAAAGGUCAGUGGUCGUGUACCAUUUGAGAAACACCUUGCAAAGGAGGACAUUGAUGCGCUAGAGAACGAGAUUGAGGAGAUCAAGGGCAUUUCACGUACAGUGGUUAAUAACGUGCUCAGGUUAUCGGGAUCCAAGGUGUAUCUUCGUGUUUGUGGCAACAAGUACGUGCGAAUCAUGGACGACGGACUCCAUGUAAAUGUUGUACCCCAAGGUGAGAACCCGGACACGUGUAAGCGCACAGCCUUCCGCCUUGAAUGCUACUCUAAGGAGUACAAUUGCGUGAAAGUUGCCUUUUUCCAUGAAGAAUCAGGUCGCUAUAUGUUCAGUCGCUCGACUUUCUCGUGCUUUCGUGACUUGCGCAUGAAGAAGGCCAACUGCUUACGCGGCACAUCCGGCAUGCGAUGGGAAUACUCAUCGGGCGGCCAUCUUAACAGUAUGAACCAACACCGUCGAUAUAUUGGCAUGCGUGAUGACGGUUUGCUUGUUGACGUCGGCCUUCGCGGGGACGCAUCAUACUUUGAGUUCGUGCCGUGCGUCUCACCAAGCAGCAUAAGUACCAGCCAGUCCGCAUCGUACGUGUCGCCGCCGGACAUUACGCUAACCAAGCGAUCUUACAACCACGCCAAGACCGUGAGGGAGACCAGAUCGCAGAGCAUGAUCGAUUUCGAGGAGGAGCAACGCGGACUACCUGAAGUCACCCUCUAUGAGCCCAUGCAAUGA